AUGCGCACCCUGAUGUCCAUCUCGCUGCUCUUCAGCAUUAGCCAUGCCCUGAACAGCGCCUACCUCCCGGCCAACAGUGACUACGCCCCGAAGCGCCCUUUGGCCACGGAAUACUUCACCUACGCAGCUCCACCGGAUGAGGAUCAGGCAGCGCCCUGGCAGGCAGCCCGCCAGUUGGCCAAGGCCCUGGUGCCGCCCCAGCAGGUCGUCUUCAUCCGCACCCCAGAGACCAAUGUCUUCACGCUGACGGCCAAGCAGCUGGCUUCCCAAAAUCCACUGGAUAUUUAUGUACUGCAGCGACAAGCGGACACCGCAGCCCUGGCUCAACAGCAAGCCGCCAUCCAACAGCAGACGGAGCACAAGCCCUCGGUGCACUUUGUCAAGUACCGAACUCCCGCAGAUGUCACCCGGGCUCUGGCCAGCCUGAGGAGCGGCUACGAUCAGCUGCCCGGCAACAGUAUUAGCCACGCCAUCGAGACAGCCGACGUCUUCGAGGUGAAGCCCCAGCUGCCGCCUUUGAGUCAGCCUGUGAUAACCCAGACUCCUGUCAUUUUCAAGAUCCUGCCGAAAGGUGGCUCUGACUAUGAAGUGCACGAGGAGGCCACAGAACUGGAGAUGGCCCGGCUGCAGGCACUGUUCCGGGAAUACCUGCCGCCAGGAAAGCACCGCUAG